UCCAAAGGUGGUCAGGGCAUGACGGGUUUCCCUGGAAUGCCUGGUGAGCAUGGUCUGAAGGGCUUUUCGGGACAGAAAGGAACAAUAGGUGAUCCAGGACGACAAGGUGUAAAAGGACCUCAUGGCGCUCUAGGUCUAAAAGGUGAAAGAGGGUUGAUGGGGCCUCCAGGUGAAAAGCCAAUCAUGCAUAUACCACCACAUAUGAAAGAGGUCAUCAAGGGAGCUAAAGGUGACCAUGGAAAAAUGGGAGAGUCUGGCUUCACUGGUCCUAGAGGUACAAAAGGUUUUCCAGGUGUUCCAGGAAUGGAGGGUGAAGAUGGACAUCCGGGUAAGCCCAGUUAUACAAAAGGUACUACAGGUUUUCCCGGAGUAGAAGGAUUUCCAGGGCAAAAGGGAAUGCCAGGGCAUAAAGGAAAGUCUGGAAUUGAAGGUUUUCCUGGAAUGCCUGGACCCAGGGGUGACAAAGGCACGUCUGGUGCUUAUGGACGGACUGGAGAAUCUGGAAUCAAGGGAAUAAAAGGUGAAUUUGGUCCUACCAUCAGUCUUCCAGGAUCAACAGGACUGAGAGGUGAAACUGGGCUUCCUGGACCUUUUGGUGAGAAGGGUCUCAUAGGUAACACUGGAGACAGAGGAAGUCCUGGUUUUGAUGGCAUUGAAGGGAUGAAAGGCUAUUCAGGAGAACCUGGAAGAGUUGGACGACCAGGCUCUGACGGCCUACAAGGUUUCCCAGGAACCCAGGGUCAGAAGGGCUGGCCUGGCGUGCCUGGACAGGCAGGAACCCCUGGAAUCCAAGGCCAACUAGGACAAAAAGGAUUUCCUGGUCUUAAAGGCAUUUUUGGAUUGGAUGGCCUAAAAGGUCAAAAGGGUAUCAAGGGUGUUGCAGGUUCUGACAACUUGGGUCCUUCUGGUGAGCCAGGAACAAAAGGAGAGAGAGGAGAGACCGGCAUCCCCAGCACAGAGGCUGGUGUCCCCGGAGAGGUGGGAUUCAAGGGUUUCAUUGGAGAUCCAGGUAAUAAGGGUGAAUCUGGGCGUCCUGGUGUACCGGGGCCUCGGGGUCAACAAGGAUUCUCUGAUAUAAAAGGAGUGCAAGGCGACUAUGGCUUUCCAGGCCAACAAGGACUUCCAGGUUUCCCUGGUCCCAGAGGGAUCCCAGGUGACCCUUCUCUAUUUGGAGCAAAAGGACAGAAAGGAAAUCCAGGUGAUUUUGGAUUGACUGGAGAAAAAGGUGUCCAGGGUGGCGCAGGACAAAAAGGACCGUCAGGGGAACCUGGAGUGUCAGGAAGAAAAGGUGUAAAUGGAGAACCAGGAAUGAUGGGAUUCCCAGGAAGGCGUGGUUUUGAAGGCGAUAGGGGCCCUGUUGGACCUAAAGGAGAUACCGGACCCCCAG